UACUCUGUGGUGCGUAUCGUGAGGGAGAAGAUGCUGCAGACCGAGGCCUUCUCAGAUCCUGAGCAGCUGCAGGCCUUCCUCAGCCAGCUCUAUGUGUUCCUGGUGGACGAGAUGCACGUCGCCCUCAACAAGACAUUGUCAGUGGAUGCCCAGGAGACUCAGCAUCGCCCCCUGGUGGACUGUGCCCAGCUCAUCCACUUUGCCAAGGAGGCCCAGCUCAACAGGGACUACCAGCUAGCUGCCCAGUACUACCAGGAGCAGCUGACUCGUGACCGUAGCAACCCAGCCCACUGGUUUGACUACGGGGUGUUGUACAUGCUGACGGCUGACUACCAGAAGGCUGAGGAGUGCUUCCACUACGCUGUGUCCAUGGAGCAAACACACCUGCCCAGUUUGCUUAUGUGUGGUAUCCUGGCAGAGAUGGGUGGACGCCUUGAGGAGGCAGAGACAUUCUUUGAAGGAGCCACGUGUGUGGACCCGGCCAAUGUGGUGGCCUGGACUCUGUUUGGCCUCUUCUAUGAGGGCCAGGAGAACUCCAUCCAGACAGAGAUGGCCUUCCUGGAGGCCACCAAGCAGCAGAGGGCAGCCCUGGUGGUCACCCCACCCUGCAGGGUGGAGUCACCAGACCUGGGGAGGAGGAGCAGGAGGUGGCGAACUGUGAGUCUUUCACCAUCGAGCCAGACGUGGAUGGAGACACAGAAGCCAGUGUGGUGACCGGGUCUCAGAGCUGCCAGGGCAACAAGCCUGGGGAGGAUACAAGGGAGGUGCUGAGGCUGAACCUAGUGCCAUGCGACACCUAGCAACCCCCACCAGACUAAACACCACCAUCUAUAUGGAGACAGUGCAGUUCCUGCUGCA